AAGUUCAUUGGAGGAAGUGGGUAGGACAGGCAGAUUCUGAAAGGACAGACAAGAGUUUGUUGUUUACUUUUUUCAGGGGAUAAACGCCUCGUCGUUCUUUCAAAAUGUCGGAUUUUGAUACCAACCCGUUCGCAGAGCCCAGCAACAUUAACCCCUUCAAUGAUCCCUCUGUCACCCAGGUGACAAACUCCAGCAUUGAACCAGUUGACCAGUACAACCCCUUUCCCCAGUCCAACGAUUAUCCUGCCACUCACACCACCCCAGCCUCCACCUCUCCCUACCAGCCGGCUGUGUUGCAGCCUUCUACAGAACCCAGUCCACAGGCGUCUGCUGCUGCAGCUCAGGCCAACCUGCUGCGGCAGCAGGAGGAGCUGGAGAGGAAAGCUGCCGAACUGGACCGCAGGGAGCAGGAGCUGCAGAGCCGAGGACCCACAGGUAGAGAGAACAACUGGCCUCCACUUCCCAAGUUCUUCCCCAUCAAACCAUGUUUUUAUCAAGACUUCUCAGAGGAAAUUCCUGCAGAGUACCAUAGAGUCUGCAAAAUGAUGUACUACCACUGGAUGUUCAACUGUGUGACUCUGUUCCUCAACCUGCUGGCGUGCCUAGCUCAAUUCAUCACCUGGGCAAUUCAUGGCGUUGACUUCGGCCUCUCCAUUCUCUGGUUCAUUCUGUUUACUCCCUGCUCCUUCCUCUGUUGGUACCGGCCAGUCUACAAGGCCUUUAGGAAUGACAGCUCCUUCAACUUCUUCUUCUUCUUCUUCAUGUUUUUCUGCCAUGUUGUAAUCGUCAUCAUCCAGGCUGUGGGCAUCCCCUACUGGGGCAACAGCGGCUGGAUUUCUGCCAUUUCUGCCAUUUCAAACAACAAGGCGGUGGGAGGCAUCAUGAUCAUCGUGGCCUGCCUCUUCACAAUUUGUGCCGUUAUGUCAGUCAUCUUGCUGAAGAUGGUCCACAGCUUGUACCGCCGCACCGGGGCCAGUUUCCAGAAAGCCCAGCAGGAGUUCUCCCAGGGCAUUGUCACCAGUAACGGUUUCCAAACAGCAGCUUCUGGAGCAGCUUCUGCUGCUGCCCAGGGAGCCUACCAAAGAAACAACUAAAGGCAGAUGAGCUAAAAUAAGCUCCUCCCUCAUCAAUGCGUGUUUAAGUCCCCCCUUUCCCCCAUUGUAGCUUCUGGUUUGCACCUGGAGCGCCUGCAGCUGAGUGACAACUUCCAGAUCUGUGUGACAAAGCAGCUGGGUGGGGGAAGUCGCACAUCUAGUGCAAACUGAGGUGGAAGACGCAAAUGAAGAUUAUCGUCCAAUUCAGCAUGCCUCUGCUUUGUAUAUGUUGUUUCAAGGCCUUUCUGACCAUGCUCUUAAGUGUAUGUGUGACAGGUCCAUUCCACGUGGGUGCAGAAUGAUUGUUUCUCCACUCUGCAGGUGGAUCCUGAAUAUAUGAGACAAAAUUUUUGUUUGUCAUUGAUUAACUUGUGUUCAGUCUCAGAAGCAUUUCAUUCUGGGCCGAUUAUUUCAGUUUGGUAAAAUCUGCAGAAUCUUAGAAAAUAAGGCUUGUUUUGUUGUCUUUAUUGUACAGAUUGAUUUCAAAUUGGUAGUGAGGUAUUCAUUAAAGGAACAUGUGCUGCUUUGUGGUGGUUUUACAGAAAUACAUCUGCACUAAUUAUGAACAUUUCACACUUGUAGAAAGCAGAAUUAACAGGUCCUUAGUGUAGUUCCAGAGACUCUAACAGGAUUUUUUUUUUCUUUAGGGCAAAUUUCCUUGAGUCCUAAUUGUGAUAAUUCUUGAUUUUCAUGCAUCAUUUAACUGCUUUUUGAAACAACUUUUACUGGAAUAUGGAAAUCUAUAAAAUGUUCCUAAUUACACUGACAGCAGCUCAUACAGUCCAUUCUAAGUCAUUCAUUAAAAAGCAGACAGUCUGAUCCAACCCAUGUUCUUUUGGUUUCAUUAACUUUGUUGCUGUGAAUGGAAUUGUUUAAAUAAUGAAAAAAGGAGAAAAUAUCUCAAAGUUUAAAGAAUUCCAGUAAUUUGUAGCAAACAAAGUUCCCUGAUUAUUUCCACACCGCUGGACAUUUCUCACAUUUCCCAUACUAAAAACCAUGUGUGUGUUAUUCUAUGUAGUGUUUCAAAGCAUCUGAGAUGUAACUUUUGUAAGUAUUGUUUUUCUAAAUAAUAGUUGCAGAUGAUUUCUAACAUUCUUGCACAUGGCAAAUACCAGAUUUGAUCAUCAAUUAAUUUAGUUUGACCAGGAUAGAUUGUUCUGAGAAAAAGACAAUUCAGUGCCUUUUGUAUUUUAACAAUGCAAAUUGUAUCUAAUAAAAAUGCUUUGCUCUCACAUAAA